AUGGCCUCGCCCGCAGUGUCCGGGCUCUCCCGGCAGGUGCGAUGCUUCAGCACGUCCGUGGCCCGGCCGUUCGCCAAGCUCGUGCGGCCGCCUGUGCAGAUAUACGGUGUCGAAGGCCGCUAUGCCACUGCUCUGUACUCCGCUGCGUCUAAACAGAAUAAACUGGAUCAAGUGGAAAAGGAGUUGGCAAGAAUAGCACAAAUCCUGAAGGAACCCAAAAUGGCUGCUUCAAUUUUGAAUCCCUUUACAAAGCGUUCUAUUAAAGUGAAAAACCUGAAUGACAUGACCAGCAAAGAGAAGUUUUCUCCCCUCACGUCCAACCUGAUCAAUUUGCUCGCUGAAAAUGGCCGCCUGACCAGCACCCCCGCCGUCAUUUCUGCCUUUUCCACCAUGAUGAGUGUCCACCGGGGAGAAGUCCCGUGCACCGUGACCACCGCGUCUGCUCUAGACGAAGCCUCUCUGACUGAGUUGAAGACGGUCCUGAAAAGCUUCCUGGGGAAAGGCCAGGUGCUGAAGCUGGAGGUGAAGACGGACCCGUCCAUCAUGGGCGGCAUGGUUGUGCGCAUCGGAGAGAAGUACGUUGACAUGUCUGCGAAAACCAAGAUCCAGAAGCUGAGCAAGGCCAUGCGGGAAGUGUUCUGA